AUGCAUACUGCUAAAGCUUUAGAGGAAAAGCUGCAGGCAUCAGGGGUUCCUUAUGAGGAAUACUUGUAUCCAGAGACUGGACAUGCCUUUAUGAACAAAUCUCCCGAAGGUGUUAAGAGGAGAAAAGGUAUGGGAAUGGAUGACGCUGUGGUCGAGUUAGCAUGGUCUCGCUUCCGUUCAUGGGUGAGUCGCUUCUUAUCUCCUUAAGCAGAGUAUGUAUACUGCCAUCACAUGGUAGCUUGAUAUAAUAAGAUGGUAUGGUAAACGGAGGCACUGGAGGGCUGCACUAUGCUAUUGAUGCUAUUGUUAUAUUUUUAGUAUGUGUGGAUGCAAUUUGGAAAAUCACUAUUAUGUUGAGUUGAAUUGAGCAUAUAGACUGGGGAUUUUCCUUCUUUUGCACAUUCAUUAAUUACACUUCUUUCCCCUGAAGUUUCACUUGAUUCUGCACUUUGGUCCUUAAGGUUCUUUUUUCCCCAAUUUCAUUCUUCUACUUU